AUGUGGAAGCAGCGGCUUGCGCGCUCUCUUUCGGCCUCCCCGCGGCCCCCGAACGUCUGCUCCGUGGAGCUGUGGAGCCCUGCCGACCUGGGCGACGUCCGCGCGCCUGGCCAGCGCGUGGCCGAGGCCAGCGCUUUCGGUGGUCUGCCGUCGGCGUGCCGGCAUCGCGGAGGGGAGGUGCCCAGGGGAAGAGCUUGCGGCGACCUCGCAGAGGGCCCUCGCGGGCGCCCCAAACCUGCGCCGGCCCUCGAGCCCAUCUCGCCAGGCUGGGGCGUGGUCUGCAUCCCAACGAGGAA